UUCGGAAUCGAGAGCUUCCAGUGUGAUUCUGCAAGCUAAGGUUUUUGAUCAAGAUGAUCAUGAGAUACUUUUCUGUACAUCUAAGAGGCGUCCAUCCUUGUCCAUAAAGCCGGAGGUCCCAUCCCGAGCUGAAGUGUUUCCUCACCACCCUUCUUACCCUUCUCCUCAGCCUUAACUACCCAGCACCCACCCUCUUCUCCGCUCAUUGACACUGCCAUAUUUCUGUCUUUCUUCAGACAUCAAAAUGAAGUUCACCGCUGUUACACUCCUCACUCUGGCUGCGGGUGCCAUGGCGGCCCCGGUUGCUGAAGCAGCUCCAGAAGCAGCACCAGGAUAUACUACCUACGGCGAUUAUAAGGGAGCAGGUGAAAACCUUCCAUCUUAUCCUAGCUACGGAAGCUAUGGUGCAAAGCCAAAGCCUAAGCCCAAGCCUGCUCCGGCUCCUAAGAAAUAUACCAAUUAUGGAAGCUACAAUUAUAAGAAAUACUCAAGCUAUGGCCAUUACAAGCGUGAGGCCGAACCUGAGGCUGCUCCCGAAGCUGCUCCCGAAGCUGCCCCUGAAGCUGAAGCCGCUCCUGGAUAUACUACUUAUGGAGAUUAUAAGGGCGCCGGUGAAAACCUCCCAUCUUAUCCAAGUUACGGAAGCUAUGGUGCAAAGCCAAAGCCUAAGCCCAAGCCUGCUCCGGCUCCUAAGAAGUACACAAAUUACGGAAGCUACAACUAUAAGAAGUACUCAUCUUACGGACAUUAUAAGCGUGAAGCUGAGCCCGAAGCUGCUCCUGAGGCUGAAGCUGAGCCAGAGACCUACUCCAAAUAUGGCUCGUACCCUAAGAAAUAUACCAAUUAUGGAUCUUACAACUACAAGAAAUACAGCUCUUACGGCACUUACAAGCGUGCCAAGGAGUUCAUCAACUCCCUCUUCUAAGCUCAAAACUGAAAUUGACAUGGUGAUGAAAGGGGUGUUGGAACUGGGACAGUACACGAUGGCACAACGCGCAUAACUGUUCUUAUGAACGACUUACGAUUCUCAACGAGAGAAAUGUUUAAUGUUUUAUGUUUGGAAUGAGUUUGGACUUGAAUUAAUGGAGUGUUUUGGUAUUGGAGGUGGUGCGGGUUUACCGUUAGAUUUAUUCUUAGACUCUCUUUAAUACUAUUAGAUCUUUGCUCCAAAUAAUAAUCUGAUGAAACAGCUA